AUGGCGCGGCCAACGUACAAGGACAAGACGUACCUCUAUGUCCUUCCUGAGCACGUCCCUGGGACGCAAGUGCGCUGCCCCGUGUAUGCUCGGGUCACGGCAAUCGCAGGCCCGCGCGGUCAAAAGAUGCUCAAGUGCCAAACGAUCGCGACGGAUAUCGCUCCGACGGUGGAGUUCGAGGUCCCGAAGAACGACUGCAAGCUCCAAAUCGUGACGGCGAGAGAGGCGACGACGGCCCCUCUCCGUCUCUGGCUGCGCCAGUUCGUCUUUCUCGCGCAUGAAGGUCGUGCCUUCACCGGUCAAGUGCAAGCGGUUGACGUCGAAGACGAGAUGUUUACGGUGGUGCCAGCUGAAACUGUCGAGAGCAUUAGCCCCGUCAGCGCAAUCCUCCUCUGGGAGUUUGACGUGCCUCUCUCGCCGCCGGAGGAAAUUAAGAAACUGAUGAAACGAGCUCGGCGCACCCACGCCCGCAUCGAGAAGCGCAUCACGGACCCGGCUGAAGGAUCGCGCGACUUGGCCGUCAUCCUGGCGAAGAUCAUACCUGACGGCGAGGAAGUGCCGGCGACUAUCGAUCUAGUGUCGCCGGCGACAGGCAAAAAUACACGGGUGUCGGUGCAGCACGUGGUCGACCACCUUUUCUAUUCGGUCGACGGCCGCGAGGUACCCAAAAAUGGCUCGGUGGGCGAUCAGUAUUGGGAAGAUCCCCGCUUCGGUGACAGGGACGACGACGAGCUCGACGCGUCAAGCGACUCGGAGGUCGAAGAAAGCGACGACGACGAUUCGGUGCUGGUCCGGCGGUCUGCCAAGUCUGGCCCGAGCAAAGUCAAGCUCGUCAACAAACCUAAGGAACCGCUCAAGCGACCCCGCAGUACAUCGUAG